CUGAUGCGUAAUGGCCAUUAUAAGCAGCACAUUGUACAAUUUAACACCUCACUCUGUUUUUCCUUGCAGUGUCCUGCCACCCACCAAUAUCACAACUCCCUUCUGGUCUCCUGUACCCGCUUUCCUGCUCCUCGCAGGACUCCAUCUUAUUGGGUGACCAAGUUGAAACUGGGGAACCAGCUGCUGGCAGUAACGUCAUGAAGAAGAAAACUGUCCUUACCAUUUUCGGGUUGGUUCUGGUCUACUUAGUGACCGGAGCUUUGGUCUUCCAAAUGCUUGAGCAGCCCUUUGAAACACUGCAACAGAGCAAGCUUGCCGAGCAGCGCAGAGCAUUUCUUCAUAUGCACACUUGUGUCAACGAGGACAACCUGGACGACUUUGUGGUGCAGGUGAAGGAAUCCCUGAGUUCAGGAGCGGACAUCACUUCCAAUGAUACCAACGUCACUACGCGCUGGGACAUCGGGAGCAGCUUCUUCUUUGCAGGCACCGUCAUCACCACCAUCGGCUUUGGGAAUAACUCGCCUAAGACGGAGGGUGGUCGAAUCUUCUGUAUUUUUUAUGCAUUGGUUGGAAUCCCACUCUUUGGAAUUCUAUUGGCUGGAGUAGGAGAUCACUUGGGGUCUGCUCUUCGUAAAGGGAUUGGAAAAGUGGAAAUGAUAUUCUUGAAAUGGCGAGUGUCUGCCACCAUUGUAAGAGUCAUUUCCGCUCUUCUCUUCAUCCUUAUUGGAUGCCUACUGUUUGUUCUCAUCCCCACCCUUAUCUUCCAGAAGAUUGAGGAAUGGACACUGUUGGAGGCUAUUUACUUUGUAGUCAUCACAUUGACCACCAUUGGCUUUGGAGACUAUGUGGCAGGGGAUGGAGCAGGCCUUGAGUACCAGUGGUACAAGCCGUUGGUGUGGUUUUGGAUAUUACUCGGCCUUGCUUACUUUGCAUCUAUCUUGACAAUGAUCGGAAACUGGCUGAGAGUCCUGUCCAGGAAAACUCGGGCUGAGAUGGGAGGAUUGACUGCUCAUGCUGCAAACUGGACUGCUAGUAUGACUGCAGAAAUGAAACUCCCUCACCGCGGGCUGAGCCUCAACUUUCAGGAGAGGUUGAGCCGCCAGAAAGGGGGCAAGCGUCAGCCUGGGGAAGAGCCUGGAGAUGGAGAAGAUGAAGAUGAAGAGGAGGAAGAAGAGGUAGAAGAUGAAGAAGAAGAAACAAAAAGGGAACUCUCACAAAAUGUACCAGCUUCUACUCCUAUCAUCCCUCAGACACCUCCACUCACUCCUGUCUUAAAGGCAGACGAUGCAGGAAAGCGGCCAUUGGAGUGGGGUGAAAAUAUGGCAUAUAUAGAUGAAUCAUCUGAUACCCAAAGUGAGCGGGGAGUGGGAGAGACAGAGACAGAUGAGAAAGGGAGAAUAUCUAGGGGAAAGAGGAGAAGAAGGGGAGCAGGAAGAUUAAACAGAGGAGACGGUCAACCAGGGCCACGGAAUCGGGAUAAGGGAGAAAGCGGUUAGAACCUAGUUGACUAUCGGUGAAAAUUCACCUGUCCCAAAGUGCCACCCCACAUAUACUGUUACACUACGACUGUUGUAUGCACUGCCAGUACAGACAAAGUUAUCAAUUCAUAUCACAAUACCAGGAAAUCUGUAUAUACCAUAUACGUAAUUCAAUUGGCGAUAGUGCAAGCCCCUGACCUCACACAACUGACUGCACUGUAAUGUAUAUGUAGCAAACUGUUGGUUUACUAUAAAAUGCACUUCUACACUCAAAACGUUCAUGUCAUUAAACAGGCAAUUUCAAAGCAAAUGGUGCUAUUAAUUACAUAAAAUGCAGAGGGCAGGAAGAAGGGAUAUUGUAUUGUCACACACAGAAAGACAAUUGUUAAAAAAUGGUGUAAAGGGCUGCACUAAUUCCUUUUCUCUA